AUGGAGCAUUCACACCCGCACAGUCGGCGGCUCGUGACAUACGGCUCCUCGAGCAACAAACAAUCUGGCUUGAAAACCAUGUCGUCGCGUACCUCAAUCGCCAAGACCUCCAAAGAAUCCAAGGGCUCUCUUGGGAAGACUCGACAGUCCCGCACAACCACCCUCCAGGGCUCGGGCAACGAACAUGAUUAUCAAAAGCCGACAACUCCAGGCGCAACCAAUUCUCCGCACGCAACACAGAGAACUCACCGCCCACCCGAGGAUGCCAAUAUCUUUGAAAUACCAUCUUCAGACGAAGAGGCUCAGGAUCGCAUCAUGCGGCGGAAACGUCGGCGGUUCGGCGCCAAUGAAGAUGCUACAGCGCCUCGACAUCUACCGAAUUUACAUAAACCUAUCGAAAUCGAGUCAAAACCUGAGUUUCGCGAUGGUUCCGCCGGAGCCGAUAUCCCCGACCCUUCGAAUGAAAUGGCAUCGCCUCAUAGCAAGAAGAGCGCACGGGAACCCGGGCUGCCACCUAGAAAGAAGAAAGACAGUGCACGCUCCGUGGGCCUCCAGAAACAAGAUAUUCGUCCGAUUGUCACUCGAAACCCCAAAGCGCAGACACAAGGCGUUGCCUAUUCGGGUAGAGACGAACCAGCAGACAAGAUCAAGAUUCCGCCGCGUUCCACAGAAGCUCUAGCUACGAGCCCUUUGAGACAGGAAAAAAUCAUUCCUAGGAGCUCAACUCCUACCCGGAGAAGAUUGAUUGACUCCUUGGGUACGAGAGAACCAUCGGCCGAUCCCCCCUCGUCCCCAGCCAUUUCAUCUACUAGUCAACCGCCUUCACCUUUCACACCGCAUAGUCCAAAUCGAACCAGGGAAAUGGUACCACACAGCGCGCGCAUUGAAAGUCGGUCUAAAGAUAUUAGUCAGGACUCCCCAGCCACACAUUCAGCGCAUUUAUCAAGCUCCAAAGUCACCUAUGCCCGUCAGCGCUCCUUCCUAGAUGACCUUUUGGAGGACGCGCUUUUUGAUGCACCAUUAUCAGUUGAAUCUGGACAGGAGACUUCUGCUUCUGGACAGUUCAAAAUGCGAGGCAACAUCCCUAGGGCUCGCCUCUUUGCGAUCGAGGAAGCCAACGAUGAUGAUGGUUCUGUCCGAAGUAUCCACGAGCUCCGACAAGCGGGAGGCAACGCGCGCUAUCGGGGUGCAGUCGAGUCCAUAUUCGAAGAUUUAGAAGACUCCAAUGUAUCUGCGUCUGCGCGAUGCAAUGCCCUCGUUCAGCUUUGUGGAAAACUGCUAGAUCCGAAGCUAGCUCAACAAUUUGUUGAGUGCAACUUCGACAAGCGCCUUGUCGAUGGUCUCUCAAGUAAUUUCGACAAGGUCUCGUCCUCCCUCUCUUUGUGCGUGUUUGCCUUGAGCUCACUGGGCCGAUCUCUCCCCUAUGUUCUUGCAACCGCUGCAUGGCCAAAGCUGCUGAAAGUCUCCUCAGGUCUCCUAGAUUCCCAGGAUGAUAUCUGCUUUCUGGCACGAGAUCGAGCGAGCAACCUGUCUAAAGCUGCACAGAACUCCGUGCAGAACAUUACACCGCAAAUCAAGUCAACUUUAUUCCCCGACACUCCCUCGUCUAAGCUCUCUCCGUGCUAUUUGAUACUGUUCUGUCUAAGAGUGAUCAUGUCGGCAUAUCAGGCAAAGGGAGAAAGUCCGGAUGGCCUCCCAAUACCUGUGCUGAAACAGCUAGUGGACUUACUCUUGUCUGAAAGCUCACACAGUAAAAAUGCCUUGGCUGUCCAGAGGCAGAUAAUGGUCCCAGGAUUAGUUAUCCUUGAGUUUCAUACCGGUUCCGUGAAUCCCUCCCAAGAAGAUCAUCGCGAUGUCUUGAGUCUACUUGCUGGGAUGCAUGAGUUGCUUCAAGUCGAUGAAAAGUCGGAUGCAACUUUUCAUCAGACUCAGUCAGUCUAUCUUCGAGUGCUUCUGAACAUAACCAACAACAACCAGAUGCUUUGUGAUGACUUUGCGACAUGGCCGAUGAUUCAAGCGCUGGUGACGGUUGCAACAACUCGAUUCGGAGAGCUGACAGAGGAUGCGCUGGAGCAAGAAAAUAAUUCCCUCGAUACGGUUAUCUUGGCCUUGGGUGCCCUCAUCAACUUGGUAGAACAAAGUGAAGGAUCGCGUUCGAUAUUCCUCCAAUCCCCUAGUACGGGCCAGCCCCUUCUUGAACGAUUAUUGCAACUCUUUGUGUCUCAUGCAGAUUCUACUUCCAAGGCUCACUCUGUUCUGGAAGUUCACCACAAUGUUGCAGUUGGAUAUUUGGCGGUGCUCUUAUUAGCACUCUGCCUAAGUACUGAUGUUCGCUUCCAAGUCAAGAAAUAUCUGCACCCCAAAGGACUGACGACCAUUAUGUCGACUGUUGAUGAAUUUUUGCAGUAUCACAAAAAGAUUGAGCAAGAAGUGCCUUCUUUCCAGACUAAGGGAGAUCCCAGUGGGUUCCUUGUUCGAUUAGAAGACCUUAUCAGUCAGAUUCAGCGAAUUGAUAACGAGUGA